AUGAAGAAAUUCAACAAGAAAUUCAUACACAGUCUUUCUCGUCUAGUUCCUGAAUUUCCUAAGUCCUCUCCCAACCAGGCCAACCCCUGUUCUAAAAAUGGUAAAUCUUUGUCUUCAUAUUGGUCUUAUAUUUUUCCUUCGGUUGGCUUUAAUGGAUCCAAGACAAGCAAUCAUAAAGCAGUUUCUCUCGGGAGUAAAUGUGAAAAUGCUAACCAGGAUGGUGAUAUAUUGGAUAAAUAUGUUGAUUCUAGUACCAUGAGUAAUAGCAAUGAUUUAUUGAAUGAUAAAAGUGAUGAUAAAGAUCAUGCCUCAAGAAAGAGCAGUAGCAGUUCUGAAGUUUUUGAAGAAGUGUAUGAGCAGAAUUCUCCAACUACUCCAAAGAAGCCUCUACCCAAUUUCACCGAUUAUUCUACUUUCAUUUCUCCUGAAUUGAAUGAGUUUUUUGAGUCAUGCCUCCCUAAUAUAACAAAAGGGUGUCAGAGGGUCCUACUUUACAGUACGUUGAAACAUGGCAUAUCACUUCGUACACUUCUUCGCAACAGUGCUAAACUUUCUGGUCCUGGUUUGCUGAUUGUUGGAGAUAUGCAAGGGGCUGUGUUUGGAGGGCUGGUAGAUUGUCCCUUGCAACCUACUGCAAAGAGAAAAUAUCAAGGGACAAACCAAACUUUCGUAUUUACAACCAUACAUGGUCAGCCAAGGCUAUUUCGACCUACUGGUAAGGAUUCUUAG